GUUGUGUUCAGUCGGGCUCUUCAUCUUGUGCGUUUCCUGAACUCAGAUGUGGAUCAUAAGAGAAAUAAUAAUGCUAAUAAUGAUGAUGAUGUCUCACUCAUCAUGCUUUCUUCUACACGGAUGACACUCAGAAAAUCAUCAACAUCACAGACUGACUGGAGGAUCUUCAUCCAGGGUAAUGGAAAACCUCGAGUCGGCUGGAUAUUAUCAUUAUUAUAGAAGAUCCAUCUGCAUCACGCACCAACAACACUGAGGUGUUCGUGAUGUCUGGUAACUGGUCUCAGUAUAACGCGUCUCUGCUGCCCGGCUGGACGGCGCCCAGGUUCACCCCUGCUGCUCAGGCCCGUGUGGCGGCGACGGCGCUGCUCUUCGUGUUCGCGGCGGUCAGCAACCUGGCGCUGCUGGUGAGUGUGUGUCGCAGCCGGCGUCUGGCCUCGCACCUGCGGCCGCUGAUCCUCAGCCUGGCGGCGGCGGACCUGCUGAUGACCUUGGUGGUGAUGCCGCUGGACAUGGUGUGGAACGUGACGGUGCAGUGGUACGCCGGGGAUGCUGUGUGUAAGCUGCUGUGCUUCCUGAAGCUGUUCGCCAUGCAGACCUCAGCGUUCAUCCUGGUGGGCAUCAGUCUGGACCGACACCAGGCCAUCCUGCGCCCACUGGACACGCUGACCGCACCACAGAGGAACAGGAGGAGGAUGCUGACCGCCUGGAGCCUCAGUGCACUGAUCGCAUCACCACAGCUGUUUAUCUUCCGUACGGUGAAAGCGAAGAGUGUGGACUUCACGCAGUGUGUGACGCACGGCAGUUUCCGCGAGCGCUGGCACGAGACAGCGUACAACAUGUUCCACUUCGUGACACUGUACGUGAUCCCCCUGCUGGUCAUGAGCUGCUGCUACACCUGCAUCCUCAUCGAGAUUAACAGACAACUACACAACAGCAACAAAGAAGGCGAUUCUCUGAGGCGCAGUGGCACAGACAUGAUCCCGAAGGCCAGGAUGAAGACGCUGAAGAUGACCCUGAUCAUCGUGCUGUCCUUCGUGGUGUGCUGGACGCCGUAUUACCUGCUGGGCAUCUGGUACUGGUUCCAGCCAGAGAUGCUGACGGUGACGCCUGAGUACGUCCACCACCUGCUGUUUGUGUUUGGGAACCUGAACACCUGCUGUGACCCUGUCAUCUACGGCCUGUACACGCCCUCUUUCCGCUCCGACCUGACCCGCUUCUGCUGCUGCCGGCACCACAAAAACACCCCACGGCCUCAGCAGCCCACCAGACACACAUAACAAUGGCAGAAACACUGCAGAAACACUAGAGGGACACUGGAGGAACA